GGCAAGCGCAGUGCGCCCGCCGGGGAGGCAGUUCCUUCCUUAGUUGGUAUGAGCGGCGGAGGGACUGAGGCCCCUUCGGGGGGCGAGGGCGCCCCCACCCCCGCCGCGGUCCCGGUAGGAGGCAAGAAACGAGACUCGCAGGGACCGGCGAGCUCGCCAGUUCACCUUAUUAUCAAGGAUCUGGGAGAGAUUCAUUCUAGGCUGUUAGAUCAUCGACCAAUUAUUCAAGGAGAAACACGUUACUUUGUGAAAGAAUUUGAAGAAAAACGGGGCCUCCGAGAAGUGAGAGUUCUUGAGAAUUUGAAGAAUGUAAUCCAGGAGACAAAUGAACAGAUUCUUCCUAAAUGUAGAGAAACAAUGCAGGACCACCUGAGCCAGGCUCUGCAGAGAUUGCAAGCAGCCAGCCAUUUAGUCCAUAAACUUCAGCAGAAGGAACAGGAACAAAGAAAGCUUAAUAAUCAGUACUUACUGAUUAGUGAAAAACAGCGCAUAACCCAAUGGGAAGAUUUCAUGAAAGAGCAACACAACAAGCAGGCUGCAGUGGAUGAAGAGCACAAAAAAGCCACAGAACGUCUUAAAGAACAAUAUGCUGAGAUGGAGAAAGAUCUAGCUAAAUUUUCAUCUUUUUAAGAACUUGAAUAACAACAUACAACAAUACAAAAACUUUUCUCUCCACUGUGCCAAAAAAAAAAAGUCACCAGACUUACUUGUCCUCUGUUACAAACUUAGCAAUAUGUUUUGGUGGUAAUGCUAUAUCAAAGAGUUGAUAAUAAAGAUGAAAACUUUUGGUAGAGUUCAGAUUUAAUGUUCAUUAUAAAAAGAAAAGAGUCCUAUAUGCCUCCAACUUUAAGUGCCUCUGUAUAAUUAUUUAGGUGGGGGAGUAGGAGGAAGAAUGGAAUGAAUUGAUUCCUAGACCAUCAGAAUUUGUAGUCUAUCCAUGCCCACUGAAUAGAUAAGAAAAUGGCAAAUGUAGCAGAAUUCUCAGGCUAUGAAAGAUAAUCUAAUCCAUUCUCAUACAUGAGAAUUCACGUUGGAUUAUUAUACUUGUUUAGACAAUGUAUACAAUUAAUUACCAGUCAUCCCCAGACCAUAGGAGGGGAAUGCAUAUUGUUCUUAUGUGAGUAACAUUCACAAACUACUAGCCUUGAAACAGCUUGGAGUAAAGAGUUGAAAAUCAAAAGUAGUUUCAGCAACAGCAGUGUGUUUGUUGAAUAAUAAACUACUUACUUUAGGAUAUUGAUGUGAACUGUAUAGUCACAUCAUGACUACGUAUUCCAGUGGACUAAGCAAGAUUUUGUCUUACAAAGACUAGUGGCCUUUUACCAUGUAAGAUUUUGAACUUUCAAAAUUUGUUUAGGGAAGAGCUUACCAAAAAUCUGGGUUAUGCUUUUUACCCUUUUCAAGAAUCAUGAUCUUACCCAUAGUAUUUACCUCAUUAUAUGUCUUUUGCAGGGGAUUAAGCUUUUUAGGUUAAAUAGUAUGCACACAUUUUACAGCUAUUAGAGUAAUCGGUCCCUCUGGGACUGUAUAUGUAUUCUGGCUCUGAAAGAACCAAAAAUGUUGGCUCAUAUGGCAGAAAGGCUAUGUUAGAUAUCAAGACGUUUUUAGUGAUAACGUGUGUUCUCGUAAGCAAAUGUAUUAUGGUGUAAAAUGUAACAAUGCUGUCAUCACUGUGAUCUUUAAAAUAUGCAUUUAACAAUCUUACCUGGAGAAUGUAAGUUGUAUUUCUUUAUUUAGUCUUUGUAAAUCAAGAAGAAAUCAAAUGCGAUAAUAACUGGAGGAUAUAUGUUGCAAAUGAAUCCUAAAGCAUGGAUAAAUAUUUCAAAUUAUGUUAUAACUGCUAUGCAGUGAAGAAGGGAACAAGAAAAAAAAUCCAUCUCUUGUUAUCUCAGUGUUGUGACUGCAUAAAAUCGACAAUGGUUGCCUGUGUAACUUAUGGCUUAGUGUCAAAGCUCCAUUCUUGGCAGCAUGUUGAAAAUGUGAUUAAAGUUAGUAGAGGAGACAGAAUAAGUAUUUGAGAUUUCUUUCAAUAACACUGAACUUCAGCCAACUUUCUCUGUCCGCUACCGUAAGCCUGACAGGUUCAUCAAUCAUCUUGUGGUCCAUGGAGUAAAAAGAGUCCUUGCCGACAGUAAGGCAUGUUGGAAUUUUGUUAAUUCUCUUUAGUGGAUGGAAAAAAAAAAAAACAACAUAGCUCUAAAAUAUCCCACACAUGAAAAGUAAGGAAAGCCUUAAAUAAAAAUCCCUUUUUGAAUGAAA